GCAGAUCAUACAGAAGAGGGAUUUAAGGCUUAUUUAAGUUCAACAGAGAGGAAAGCUUUAUACAAAAGUGGAGGAGAAGCUUUUAUUUGGUGUUUGUACCUGUAAAAACUCCUCCACCCUGAGUGCUGAACAGCAGGGAAGAGGGAGUAGCUGCAGCGCCUCCUGAUGGAACAGCCUGGAGAUCUUCCUGUGCUGCUAAUGAACAGCAUCAUGUCUCCAAUUUGACCAAAUUUCCUCACAGAAAGGAUCAAAAAUGGAUCUCAGUACGUGAGGAGGAGUGAAAAAACACUGUACUGAUGGAUUAUCGGCGAAAGAGGGAACUGUCCUUUCUCACAAUCGGCCUGCUGUUUUUCCUGAGUGGGGUGGAAUAUGCUGUUAUCCUGCCCACCAUAUGGAAGUACCUGCAGAUUCUGGACGCUCCGGCCUAUUUCCUCGGGUUGGGUCUGUCAGCGUUCAGCUUCAGCGGGCUGCUCUCUGGGCCGCUGUUUGGUCGCUGGUCCGACGUGACACGGACUACAAAGUCCAUCAUCCUUUUCUCCAACGUCUUUGAGAUUGUAGGGAACUUUAUGUAUUUCAUGGGAUACUCAAAAUGGCUUUUGUUGGCUAGUCGGCUUGUUGCAGGUAUUGGAGCCGGUGCCGGUUCCUCUAUCUUUGGUUUCCUCACCCGGACCACUCUCCCGGACGAACGGGCUCGAGUCUUCGCUGCUGUGAUGGCGUGUCGCCAGGCUGGACUUCUGAUUGGACCUGCUUUCAACAUUUUCCUGCGGUUGUGUGAUUUUAAGCUGGGGCCGUUUAUAGUGAAUAAGUACACUUCACCAGGGUUGUUCAUGUGUGGGAUGUGGCUGCUGCUUCAGUGUGUGGUGGUGCUGCUGUACUGGGACAUCCCGCCGCUGGACUCCCUCCCCGAGCACACGGCUCUGCGCCGGGUCAGGGGUCAGGAGGAGGAGGAGGAGGAGCGUCUGAUGGAGGCGGAGGAUGAAGAUGCGGAUGCUCACAGCACGGUUCUCUCAGAUCAGGUCGAGACCCGGCUGUCAGGUGAUGAAGACCCCGACCCCGCCUCCUCGACUGAGGGGCGUGACCCUUUCCAGAACUUCAGCGCCAGCCAGGAGUUCCUGAGGGAGGAGGUGGUGGUUCUCCUCACCGCUCAGUUCAUCACUCUCUUCAAUCAGACGGCGCUGGAGACGAUGGUGACCCCGCUGACCCAGAAGUACUUUGGCUUUGGUGAGCUGGGGAACAGUGUGAUGUACAGUCUGUGUGGCGUGGAGGUGAUCGGAGGCUUCUUCCUGGUGCGCUGGCUGAGUCGCGUGCUGGAGGACCGGGCCGUGCUGGCGGUGGGCCUGCUGAUCUGCUGCGGAGCCUGCGUCUGGUGCAUCAUCUUCCUCGCCAGCCCCCAGGGUGGCUUCGCGGUGGAGCUGACUGAGUUUAUUAUUGGAGUGUUUCUGCAGCUGCUGGGGCUCCCCUUCGUCGCUGUAUCUCAGGUGUCCCUGUUCUCCAAAGUGACCGCUGAGAAAACACAAGGCUUCAGUCAGGGCGUGCGGCGCUCCGUCGGAGGCUUGGCCACUAUCCUGGGCCCCCUGUGGGCAGGUGGUCUGACGGGGAAUCUGUACGUGAUGUUGGGGAUGAUGCUGCUCCUCCUGGUUCUCAUUAUGAUUAUGAUGGUGCUCUCCUAUGAGAAACUGGUGGAGCCUCCUGUGGUUCAGCAUGCAGAGAGCUCGGAGAGCGGAGGGUAGCUGAGGACGCGUCUCACUCACGCUGCACGGCUCAGGUCGGGAACGCUCUGCAGUCCGUCUGGCCGCGCGUGGAGUGUGUGUGGCGCGCGGUGGAGCAGAUGCUGAGACAGUGGGGUGGAACGAGCUCAUGCCAGAGGUAGCAGACCUCGAACAGCAAGAGGGAUGGACACACACACACACUCCCACCCACACACACGUUUCUCACACUGCGGUUCAUCCCUGUCCUUCAUUUUCUCUUUUAUCUACAGUUCUGUUCAUCACGCUGCACUCAUACGGAAGAAAUGUAGCACACUGUGUACUGAUAUGUUUCAAUAUUCCGGGUAUUUUAAAGGCUUUUGUAUGUGAAACUGCUGCUUCUGUGUACUGUUUGCAGUGUUUCCCCACAUGAGGGCGCUGUUUCUCCACACUGAAACGCCCCCCUCCCCCACUGUAAUCACACUAUUAAAGGGUUCAUAUUAUGGUAAAAUGGCAUUUUUUGACUGUUGAUUGUUUUUGGACAUAAAAGCAUUUCUGUUUGAAAUAAAGAUUUAAUAAGGUUGGUGACACAAACUUUGAAUUAAUGCAUUCAAUAAUUAAUUAUUGCUACAUUAACCCUUGUGUGGUGUUCGGGUCUGUGGGACCCGUUUUCAUUUUUCAUCAAAUGACACUAAAAAAAUAUUUUUUCUAACUCAAACUCAUUGGCAUUGGCUCAUUUUUUGUGAAAAACAUAUAUCAAAACACAUUUUCGAUAAACACACACU